UUUUAUUAGAAAUACAUUAUAUAAUAAUAUCAAGACAUGGAAAAGACUGCUUUAGCUAUUCUUCUAAUAGGUGCUGCCCUUCUAUCAUACUCUCCGGUCACUGAGUAUUUCCUUGGAGAGAAAACUGCCUGCUCUUGCGAUAGUAUCGAAGACAUGAUCGCAUGGGCUGAGGGAAAGAGGAGCUGUGUGUACAAAGACUCCCUUGGUAUCCCCACAAUUGGUAUUGGAUUCAACUUGCAAAGAGGUGAUGCCAGAAAAUUGAUCACAAACGUUGGCGCUAACUUUGAUCAAAUCCUUGCUGGUACUCAAUGUCUUUCAGACACCCAGAUUUCUUCACUUUUCAAGAAUGAUCAGCAAUGGGCUGAAUCUGGAGCUAAAGACUGUAUUGGUGACUCUAGUUUGCUUGGAACUUGCGUCUACAGAGUUGUAGUCGAUAUGACUUACAACAUGGGACAAUACUCACUUUGCUCAUGGACCAAUUUCAAGAGUCAGCUCAGAUCUGGAAACCAUGCUGCAGCUGCCAACAACAUGGCUUCAACAAAAUGGUGUGGUCAAGUCGGUAGAAGAUGUACAAGAAAUACAGACAUUGUGAGAUCAUGCUAAUAUCAUCAUAUCGAUAAACUCAACCCCAACUUUCUUUUCUCUUCUGAAUUUA